AUGCUUACUAUUGUGGUUAUCAUGUCUUUUAUACACUCAGUCGUCUCAGUCAAAUUGUUACCCGGAGGUCCAGUCCAUCCUGGAAUGAGUCAACUGGAAACGGCAUCACCUGCAAUAGAAAAUGUGAAAGAAUUUGGGCGGGGAAUUGGCCCAAUAGAGAAAAUCAUGUUACAGGAUGAGAACCUUGAAACUUGGAGGGACAUAAGAACAAUUGAAGAAGUAGUCAAGCAAAACAGAGAUAGCACGAUGUUUGGGAAAAGAUUGAACUAUUACAUAGGUCCCAUCUUGAAAGACUGCCCUUCUUGGAUGACUGAAAAUUCACAAAUUGAAAGUAGCAUUACCGAAGUGAACGUGAACAUAAAGUCUCCUUUAGAAAGACUUGUUCAUCAACUCAUCCUGAUCCUGAUGAAAGGCCACUCUAAAACAAAAGAACAGCUAAAGCUGGAUCUUCUGGAAGCAGAAUUGUCAAACAAACUCAAUCAAUUGUCAAAGAAUAAAGAUCCACGCAUAAUAAGGAAAAUAGUUGCACCAUUUGUUGACUAUGCUAUCUCAAAAAUUGGAUGGCACAUAUUACUUGAGAAUUUCCAGAAGUCAAUGACCCUGGAGUAUGGCUCAAAUCACUCACUUGAAAAACAUCUGAUCUCAUAUCAAUUCAAAAUGAAUGAUCAAUUACAAUAUGGUGCCUAUUACAGGGAUUAUAUGCAUAUGUUUGAAAUCUUUGAAAUCUUGGUGGAUGAUGGUUUAAAACAUCAGAAUUUGAUUUGCAAUCUUGCUAAAAUUCAGUCACAAAAAAUGAAAGAAACAAAAAUUCUUAAUGAUCAUACAGGUAGUGCAAUUGAUAUACAUAGGCACCUAAUCAACAGAACCCCUUGGAAUGGACAUCCAUGGUCUCCAGUUCCAUUUUUUGAAGAUCCCUUGAAAACAUAUGGCCACAAAUCCACUGAGUUCAGUGAAAAAGUUCACAAGCUUUGGUUUAUCCUUGGUGAAAAUGACCGCAAGAUAUCAAAUCAGCUUGGCAUGAUUACAGAAGAAGUUCUAGCUGAGGAUUACAAGGUCUCACAGAAGCUUGAAGGAGUAGAAAACUUGGGGUCAUUUCAGGAAGCCAAACAAGACAACAUACUGACCUACAACCUGGCAGUGAAGCAUAUGUCUAGAGCAAUUGAUUUAGUAUCAAACCUUGAUGAAGAUGAUCCAGAAGUACUUUCAAUCCUGUGUGAAAUAUUCACAACCUCAAUCAAGUUCAUUGUGAAGAAAGGUGACUACAAGGAACAAAAAGGAGUUAUAAACAACAGUGUUAUGUUCUACCUCUUCAUCAGAAGGACUGGAAAUGUGCUCAGCCAUGUUUUGAAGAGUCUUUUCCCCAAUAAACCUCUUGAAGAAAAACUGACUACAGCACAAUCAAUGAGAUACCAUUGGUCUUUGGCCAAAUUCAAGUCAAAUCAUUACGGUAAAGAUCAAGCAAUGCGGUGGAGAUGGCUGAAUUUUGAGCUUGGACAAGUCUAUCAAGAGCAUCUUCUUGCAUCUGAUAAGCUUAAUGAUUUCUACAAUCAAAUGGGCCUGGCUCUGCAUUCAAAAAAAGGUGUUCAAGAAAGGAAUCCUGUCACUUCCAAAAUCAUCCCUAGUCGGAAGCAAAGCUAUGUUAUUGAAACUGACAGAAAGUCUCAGUUGGCUGAAAUUGUUUUUGACAGUGCCAAAGAUUUCUCCAGAGGCCAGGAUUCAAUGGCUGAUCAAUACAAUACUUUCAAAAGAAAAGCUUUUAAUCAUUUGAAAGAGCUACACUCUAAUGGUGAACUACAUGGGGCUUUCUUAUUGAAUAAAUCAGAAAAAACAAAUAAUACAGGGAAAUCAACAGUAGGGAAAAAUGUUGAGUCAAAAAGAGUUGCUCCAAAGAAGACUCAAUUCUUUGGAACACCAAAUCUCAAUGAAUAUACAAUGUUGUCAGAUGGAUUGUCAAACAAUCAAAGGGACAUAACUUCUUGUAAAUCAUUAAAAGACCAGCAGGAUUCAGGUUAUUCUCAACCUUAUCCAAGUACAACAUUCUCCAAAACCAAGAAGUCUUCAGAAAAAAGGAAAGGUUUCAAUGAGAAAGGCUUCUUUGAUAAAGGAUGGCCAAAAAAGUCUAGGACAAAGACUUUUAAUGUUCUAGAUGAUGAGUCACCAGAAAUUAUAGAAAUACCAUCUUCUAUCAACCCAGAUAAUCCAGGAUUUUAUUCUACCGCAGGCUCCAGUCCUGCAGCAUUAGACCCAAAUAAAAAUUCCCACAGAUCACUUCCACCAGAAAUGGAUCAAUUGCCUCCCCAAAGACUUCACAACUUGCACAUUGAGAAGGCUUAUCUGUUUGACCUGAAUGAACUUCCAGAAUCAGAUUCACCUCCAGUUCAUCAUGGUCCUAAUGAAAAGAUCAUGAUGACUCCAUGA